AUGGGGAGCAUGGCAGAAGCAGAUGGACCUUCAGAGAAGGAGGAUCAUAGACUCAGCAUCAUCUUCGUGCUAGGAGGCCCUGGCUCAGGCAAGACCACUCAAUGCGAUCGACUCUGUGGUCACCGCGGCUUCACCCGCGUGAAUAUAAACGAUAUAGUCCACGUAGAGACUAUGAAGGAGACAUCGAAGUGGAAAUCCAUCACGCAAGAAACCACCAAGCACCAGGACUCAGCCUCGAUUGAAAUGAUGGUUGAAAUACUCAAGGAACAUCUGUUAUUCCAGAAUACACAGAAGGAAUCAAACGGCAGAUUUGUUGUCGACGGGUUUCCUUGCAACCUCGAACGCGCCAAGAUAUUUGAGGAAAGACUCACCGAGCCAGUCGCCGUCAUCUUUCUUGACAAUCGCGAACGAAUCAUGACAACUCGAUGUCGAGCUCGCGCACUUUCACAGCCGUCGUCAAUUGAGACUGAACCAGUCAUCGCCGAAAGACUGCAGAGUUUCCAGACCGAAACCAAACAAGUUAUCGACCAUUACAAAAGGAGGAAUUUACUGGUCCAAGUCGACGCUACGGGUAAUCGCGAUGAAGUUCAGAUGCGGUUGCUCAUUGCUGUGGAUAUUCUUUUGAGGAAGAAGGGCUUAUGUCGAACUAUCUGA